CGCGGGAGCUCAACCCCCCGCCUCACAUCAUUGCUUCGAGGGCGACACUCACCACUGCAAUUCUUGACCAGUUCAUGGCGUAAAGAUCAUUGUCCGACAGACUCCUGAGACAUGUACAACCGCUAUAUCCCGCCGUCUCGGCCGAGGCAGCCGCCUCCGCCCGCGGCGCAGGACCCCCCUCCACAGGCCAAUCCACCGAGUCAACCCGAGCAGACCAAUGUUGUCGACCCUCUCGCACCAGUCUCCUACGCCCGGUAUAUUCCUCCACGGAAAGCAAAGGCCGUGGUAGAGCCCUCAGCCCAGACAGGUGACCAUGUGCCGACUGAAUCACCUUCCCCAAAGAAGCGCAAACAUGCGACAACCGCCCCUAGCCAUGAUUCGAGCCCUGCGCCGAUGCCCAAGAAGUCGAAAAAGUCAGACGAUGUGGUUCUGAGAGGCGACUCGGAUAUCCCAGAAUCACCAAAGAAGGACAGAAAGAAAACCAAGAAGAAGAAGGACAAGAGGGCCAAAGAGGAUGACGCGGAUCCUGCUGUACCAGAGUCCGCUCUUCCCGACGCGCCGCCUGCCUCAAGCACUGUGACGAGUGGCGAUACGGCGAGCAUUUCAAGUCAUACCUUGACGCCAGACGAUCUCGGUGAUUCAAAUAGGGAGAAGAAGUCUGCCGACAAAGACGAGGAGGACUUUAGGCAAACCGAGAAACAAGACAAAUCUAAAAAGCCAAAAAAAGAGAAGAAGAAAAAGAAGAAACCUUCAGAGGUCGAAGAGGAGGAAGCCGACGAGGAUGAUGCAACCUCCCGCCAUGCUGCUAUAUUGGCCAAGAAAGCAAAGUCCUUGGCCACUGCACCAGAGCUAAGGUCACAUACCGACACCGCUGGACCCAUCGAGCCAGAGGCACAGCCGAAGCCAGAUGACCUCGGAAAGCACGGCCUAGAGCCGCUUCCCCAGCCCAAGCCCGUGGAGGCCGACACCUCGAAGCCGACCUACGAUAUCCUCCCUUCGUGGCUGGCAGAGCCCAUCCGUGUCGGGCCCGAUACGAGGACCCCCUUCCGCGACAUCGGGAUCCACGCCAGGGCAGCCAAGUUCCUCGAAUCCAAAGGAUUCAAAGACGCCUUUGCCGUCCAAACCGCCGCCAUCCCUCUCCUCCUCCCGUCCUGCAAGCACCGUCAAGGCGACCUCCUCGUCGCGGCCGCCACCGGUUCCGGCAAAACCCUGGCCUACGCGCUGCCCAUCGUCCGGGACAUCAGCCAAGGCAUGGUGACGCGGCUCCGAGCCCUGGUGGUCCUCCCCACGCGAGAACUGGUCAGCCAGGCCCACGAGGUCUUCAAGCUGUGUGCGGGUGCAUUCGACGGGCGGGGGGAGAAGCGCGUGCGCAUCGGCAUCUCGGUCGGCAGCCACCAGCUCAGGCAGGAACAAGCAAGCUUGGUCGAGAAGACGGAGCGGUACGACCCGGAAGCGUACCAAGACGCAUUACGACGCGAUCGCGAGGCCUGGAAGGUCGUUGAUGACGAUGAUGACGAUGAUGACGAUGAUGAUGCUGCUGCUGCUGCCGACCCGGAAGCAGACGACGCGCAGGCGACGACGAAUACAACAAAGCCCUUGCUCGGCAACCUGCCCGACCACGUCGUCGAAUACAACUCAAAGGUCGACGUCCUACUCUGCACGCCCGGACGGCUUGUGGACCACAUCCGCCACACCCCCGGCUUCACUCUCCACUACGUCCGCUGGCUCGUGGUCGACGAGGCCGACAAGCUCCUCGCCCAGAGCUUCCAGGGCUGGCUCGACGUCGUGAUGCCCAAGCUACGCACGGACAACGUUUUCAGCGCCCGCGACUUCCCAGACUCCAACCUGACGGGCGUCCGGAAACUGGUCCUCAGCGCCACCCUCACCCGCGACCUGAGUCUCCUGGGCGGGCUGCAGCUCCGGCGGCCGCAGCUCAUCGUCCUCGAGGGGGCGGACGCCGACGGUCGGAAGCCGCAGACGGCCGAGCACACGUUGCCUAGCCUGCUGGAAGAGUUUGCGGUCCGCGUGCACGACCCCAACUUGAAGCCGCUAUAUCUCCUCGAGCUGCUGCAAGGCGAUUAUCUUCUGUCGCCGGCCGAGUCGGCCACGUCGUCAGGGUCGAGGGCAGAGGAGGCAGACGACACCAGCUCGGACGAAGAAUCCGACACAUCUUCGUCAGCUUCUUCUUCGUCGACUUCUUCUUCUUCUUCAUCAUCGUCAUCCUCCUCUUCAUCUUCCACGUCCUCCUCGGAAUCCGCCACCGCCGCAGCAGAGCCCCCACUCCAAAAGACGGUCCUCAUCUUCACGAAAUCCAACGAAGCCGCGCUCCGCCUCUCCCGCCUCCUGCUCCUCCUGCAACCCGCCUGGGAAGGCCAGACGGCGACAUUGACGUCGACGCAGAAGACCUCCCACCGACGCCGCAUCCUCGCCUCGUUCGCCGCGGGGGGGUCCACCCGGCUCCUCGUCGCAUCCGACCUCGUGGCGCGCGGUAUAGACCUCCCCACCCUCGACAACGUGGUCAACUACGACCUCCCCGCGGGUCCUGCGGCGUACGUGCACCGCGUGGGCCGUACUGCGCGGGCCGGACGCCGCGGGCGGGCCUUCUCCCUCGUCGAAGCGCGGGAGAGCGGAUGGUUUUGGGGCGCGGUGGCCAAGUGGGAGGGUAUACGGCGGAGUCGGCCCGUGGCGAGGUUGAUGAUUGGUGUUAGGCCUCGUGCCGAGGAUGAUGGUGGGGAGAGAGUGGGAGGAGAGGAGGACAAGGAGAAGGAGAAGGACGCGCCUGAGCCGGCACGUUUUGAGGAGGACAAGAUGGCGGCUUAUGAGAGGGCUUUGGAGGAGUUGGGACGGGAAGCUGGUCGAGUGAAGAAGAGGUCAUAGACGCAGCUGUAGAUGAAUGUUUAUCUGGGGUAAGAGCAUGGAGAGGAGAAGAGGAGAAGAGAAUCAAAGGAUUGUAAAAAGGGAAAAAAAGGAAAAAGAAAAGAAAAAGAAAAAGAAAAAGGGGCCGGGGGGGGGGGGGGGGGGAGAAAAAAAAGCAAAAGGU